CAAUCAAACACAAUAAAUUACAGUGAUAACAAGAGUGUUUACACUAGCGUUUGUACCUUUUAUAGUCGCGCAUUUUUCUUACGUGAGUGAAUUUUUUGAAAACUAAUUAAAAAUUAAACAUGAAGGUUUUCGGCAUUUUUUGUUUACUUUUGGGAACAAUAUCGGCAUAUCCGGAGGAUUCAAAUAGACCUCAUGGAGUGAAACCGUUGUAUUAUUACCAGCAAAUUACAUCAUUAUUAGGUCCAAUAUUAGGAGGGGAUGAUUCGAAUGGAAGCCUACAAUCCAUGCUUGGAGCCAUUGGUAAGCUAGGUCAACGUGCGUCGUCCUGGUACGACAUCCUAAUUGAACACAGCGACUCGCACAAAUUUGUCGACGAUCCUGAUUCAAUGCUCGGCAAUGUUGUCGAAGGUGUCAAAGAGAAGAUUCAACAGUGUUAUGCUGAUGAAUCUAACGGUGAAGCACUGAGGAGUCAAGUAUCUGAAAACAAUCUUGAUUUCAGUGAUCCUGUGGCGAGAGAAUUUAUGGUCAUUGUCAACGGUGUCAAUCAAUUAAAAGAGCUUUUACAAAAAGAAGGAUAUAUUCGUGAUAUCAAUCAAAUGAAAUAUAUGAAACCAGUGAAUAUUCAAAAUGGUGGAAGGGAAUUUUGGAUUUUCAAGUUGUUAGAAAGCAAAGCGUUUCUACGAAUUAUUUGUGGAAUGAUGAAUGUUGAAUGGGAUAUCCUCGUCAGCGCGUUAAUGUCACAAUUGUAAUAUUUUAAUAUCCUAUUUAGUUAACAAGCGUUAUUGCAUAUGUUAUUAUUACAUUCGACAAUUAAAUUUCACUUUGAAGAUGG